CUCAUGGAAGAACUCUCCACCCAAACCCAAAACCUAACCCCCGAAGAACUCUCCAUCCUCUCCCCCAUCAUCCAAUCCCAUCACAUAUCCUCCCACCCCGACCCCGGCACCUGCACCUCCCUCAUCGUCCAACGCAUCAACACCCCUCUCUCCGCCGUCUGGCCCAUCAUCCGCAGCUUCGACAACCCCCAACGCUACAAACAUUUCAUCAAAAGCUGCAGCCUUUCCCCCGGCGACCCCUUCUCUGUCGGCUCCGUUCGCCGAGUAACCGUCGUCUCCGGCCUCCCCGCUUCCACCAGCACAGAACGACUCGAAAUCCUCGACGAUGAACGCCAUAUUCUUAGCUUCAGAGUGACUGGCGGAAAGCACAGGCUUAAUAACUAUCGCUCCGUGACUACUGCAAAUGAGUUCUGUGGUGGUGAUGGAAAGGCUUAUACAAUCGUGUUGGAGUCCUAUGUGGUUGAUGUGCCCGAAGGGAAUACGAAGGUGGAUACGAAGAUGUUUGUGGAUACGGUUGUCAGGCUUAACUUGCAGAAACUUGCUUCUGUGGCCGUUGCUGCUGCGAAUUCUAACUCUUCUUCCUCUUCUCCUUCUUCUUCUUCAGCUGUUGGAGAAGACAGGGUUACUUAA